AGAGGAGGGGCGGGUUUGCAGGCUUCGGCACAGCCCCUUUUGCGGUCGUCUCACGUUGCGAGCUGCGAUGAGUGUUUUCGAUUGCAAUUGAAUCAACUCGCGCAAGAGCACAGAUCGGCUCCAUUCAAUUCCGUCGGGCGCAGUUUUUAACGAGGACUCCCGCGUGGAUUUAAGCUGACGAUGGGUAUUGAUUGCUGAACUAAAGGUUACACCAAGCAGUUCCUAACAUAAAGCUUCCAUUGCAGGAAUGAGGUUUUAUCACACCUGCAAGCUCCCAGGAAGAAUUAUGGGGAUCCGACUACUUCACUUCUCUUCAGUAGUGAUCCUUUUGUUGUUGCUUGUGGCGGGUGCAUUAACUGCUUUGCUGCCCAACAUUAAGGAAGAUAAAAUGCUCAACCUGCGUCGGGAAAGAAAGUCCCAAGGCCAGAUUGCCUCAGAUUCAUUCACCCUUAUUAUGCAAACAUACAACAGAACUGAUCUGCUCUUGAAGCUUUUAAAUCAUUAUCAAGCCAUUCCCCAUUUGCACAAAGUGAUUGUUGUGUGGAAUAAUGUUGGUGAGAAAGCCCCUGAGGAGAUCUGGAAUUCCCUGGGACCUCACCCUGUCCCUGUUAUCUUCAAAGUGCAAACUGCAAAUCGCAUGAGGAACAGACUCCAGGUUUUCCCUGAGUUGGAUACCAAAGCUGUUUUGAUGAUGGAUGAUGACACCCUAGUUAGUGCUUAUGACCUCAUUUUUGCUUUCUCCAUUUGGCAGCAAUUUCCAGAUGAGAUUGUGGGAUUUGUUCCUAGAAAGCACAUUCCCAGCUCUUCAGGAAUAUACAGCUAUGGGAGCUUUGAACUUCUCAGCCCUGCUGUCGGCACUGGGGACCAAUACUCCAUGGUUCUAAUAGGAGCAGCGUUCUUCAGCAGUGAAUAUCUAGAACUCUUUCAAAAACAGCCUGAAGCUGUGCAUGCCAUGAUAGAUGAAACUCAAAAUUGUGAUGAUAUCGCCAUGAAUUUCUUAGUGGCGAAACAUACUGGGAAGCCUUCAGGCAUGUUUGUGAAGCCAGUAGACAUCAGGAAUUUGGAAAAAGAAAGUAACAGUGGCUACUCCGGAAUGUGGCAUCGGGCAGAACACUUGCUCCAGAGAUCUUACUGCCUAAAUAAAUUGGUUAGUAUCUAUGGCAACAUGCCCUUAAAAUACUCUAACAUUAUGAUUUCUCAGUUUGGUUUUCCUAACUAUGCUAAUCACAAGAAUAAAAUGUAAGGAUGCUCUGGAAACAAAUGCUUUCACAAGCUUUUCAGGAGGUUAAAUAGUAAGGUAAGAAGAGAAGUAGGUAUGCAAGGGAUCCAGAGAUUAUACAAGCUUGUUUCCUCAAAGGCUCUUUGAGACGUGAUAUCUGGGGGAAGCAUUCUGUCUCUGUGCUCAGCAUGCAAAAAGCUUCUUUAGUUAGCUUUGUCAUUUGUUAUUAUUUCAGUUGCAAAUCACACUUGCACGAGGGCAGAAUAUCCCCAAAAUGCAGAUACCCUCAUAUGGCCAGCAUCACUUAGAAGGCCACAGCAAAAGAUGCAUCUCCACCAAAUUUUUAAAACUGGUCCACAUCUAUCUAUUCUGGUCAUCUGUGACCCAAAAAACAGAGAAUCAAGUCAGGUAGCCCCAUCCAAGAGGCCAGGCAGCCGGUCGCAGCGCCACCACUGCGCCAUAUCCAUAGAGGCUUCCUGGUGGCUUGUGGAGGCUAGAAAGGUAAAAAGGCCUCUCUGUUGCUGAGAAGCCCCCAUUGGGAUUCAUAGAUUUAUGUCACCUCUUUAGGUGCUAUAAGUCUGAAUUCGCAACCACCAGUUCAAGGCAGCUAGUUCCUUGGGGAAAGCCAACUAAUGUUGGCUUCUUCCCUGGUGAUGGCCCACCCCUCAACACCAGCAGCAGUGGAGAAACACAAUGGCCACAUGAGGGCAUAGUUACCCCUCUGCUAGGUCAAUGGGGAGGGCACAUCCACGCACCGCUCCCACAGACGCACCCCCCCCCCCCCCGCUUUGGAUGGGGCUCUAUGAGAUUCCACGCUGGCUGCUUAGAAGCAACUGUGACUACCACAGAUGACCACCAAAUGUCUGUCUGUGCAUGACACUUCAUUCUUGUACUAUAAAUUGUUCCAGUAUCAUCAUUCCCUGCCCCAAAUUAAUAUCACCUCUGGAAACGCGGAGUGAAAUAUUUUUCACUGUUCUGUUUAAUGUUCAUUUGGCAGUAAAACAAUAUAAAAAGAACUAUCAUUAAAAUGGAUUUAGGGCCAGCUGUUAAUGUUCAUGUACUUUGUCUAUGUCUGGGGAAGGAAGUUGCUCUCCACUUCUUGUACUCCUUAUUUUGACAAAUAAUGUGUCUAUAUUUUCAAAAUCAUUUUGCUGUGUUUUUCAGGCCAAGGGACACACAGUGCAAUUCUAAACAGAGGUACAUCCUUCUAAUCCUAUUUACUUCAAUAGACUUAGAAGGGCAUGAUGGCACCUAAGAUUGCACUGCCACUGAAUUAUAUGAGUUGCCUGAUUCUCUAGAGUAACUGUAAAACAGCUCCAGGUCUGCAUAACUUGUACUUGCCUUGAAGUUCUUCAGUCUACAAUAUUGUUAUGUCUCCUUCUGCAGCCUGAGACCAGCACUUUCAUUGGGGGAAUUAGCUGCAGAGACAGAGUGAGGGGGAUAGGUGGGAUCAAUAACCUGUGUAUAUCAGGAUAAUCCCGGGUGAAAACUUUUAAAUAAACAGACAGCUAUACAAUUAACAAAUUGCAUUUUAUUAAUAAUGAUUAUUGAAAACAAAUAAUAUAUUUUAGGCAAUGAGCACACACGUGCACAAAAAGCAUACAAGGAAUGACCAAGAGAAAAAGGGAAGAAUUUGGAUAGGGUUUCAGGGAUGGGUGAUGAUUAGCAGUUUUGUAGGGCUCUCCAGUGAAAGCAGCGUUGAAGAGGAAAAUGACCAGCAUUUCCAGGAACUGAGGAAAGAGCCCACAUGCAAGGGGGGAUGCAUGCACAGAUCCAGAACAUACACACAUGCUAUGAAUGGCCGAAGGACCAAUAUUUAUACACCAGAAUGGGUCCUGAGGCAUUAUGAGUUAAGCUGGCAGAAAAGCCAGAGACAAAGAAUUGAUUGCUCUUCCGGGGUUCCAACAAUAAGACAGGAGAAGCUUGAUGAAUCUUCAAGGCCCAGGAGAAUGCCUCUUGAAUGCUGAUUGAUCAUUGUGACGGGUGCAGAUAAGGUAAUUAAUGGUCUGCUUGGUCUGAUGAAAUCACCCUAGUGACACAGUGGAGAUUAGCUAGCCCCAUUGUCCAGUCAGGCACACUUUAGGACCAGAGGAAAAGUUCAGCUGCAAACCACCUUCCUGCCUGGGCUUGGCACACAAUUUGAAUCCCAACAUCCACUGAGAGGCAUCCAUUUUUGUGCGGAGCAGUGUCUUGCCCUUACACCAGUCUUUGGUCUCUGUGCAUAAUGGCAUUCUUUAGUGGGAGGAGGGGUCCAGUUGCUUACAGGACAAAAAUGCAAAUAGGCCUCCAUCCUAUUAUAGAUGGAUUUUAUUAAGCCAGACCCCUUGGGAUUGUUGUUUGGAAAUUGUACGUCAAAACAUGGAGAACUUCUCACAGUGGUAUAGAUACAGGUGCAAUAAGAGGGGAAGCCAUGGUUUAAUGUAGCAACAACCCAUGCUUUAUCAUUACAUGAAUAAGGCAAGGAAAUAUUUGAGCUCAUGCACUACACCCCCCGCCCCCCGGGCCACUAAUGCAUGGCUUAAAAAUUAGAUAUACGUGGAAUUCAAAAUCACCAACUGGAUUAUUUUUACCAUCACCCCCUUCUUCCCUCCAAACCAACAUUUCAAACAUGAUUAAUCCUGGCUUGAAAUUCAGAUUUGGAAGGAAGAAAGAAACAAUAGUUUGUUGCUUGGACAAAACUUCAAACUGCAAUUUGCUGUGAAACUAGAAAUCUAUCACUGUAGCUCUGUGUAUCAAACAAGAAGAAUGGAAGAGACAAUGCGCCUAACCUGAAGAUCCUUCCAUGUGUGUUUCUUUAAUGACAGACCAUACUAAUGUCCUUCAUAGGACAUUAGUAGGACUAGCUGUUUUUCUGUAUAUUCAGGGACUGCAGUCCUUCACUCAGUUACAUGAACUUCUCUGAAGCCAAGAUCUGGGAUCCUGAGUCCAUACAGUGUAUGUUCCAGGUUUUCACAGCCUUGGCUCCUUUGCUUAUUUUCUUCACACCAGGAGCCCUCCUCCAAAAACAUGCAACUACAUUUAUAUCUCUUCUAGGUUUAAGCCCAGUUUACUUUUCAGAGGAAACCUUUUGGAUAAAGAAAGAAACAAUCAACUAUGCUGGGGUGGAUCUUUUGAUCUGACCAGCAAGAUUAAGCAUGCAUAACCGUAUAGGAUUGCAACCCACAUCUUAAGUGUAUCAGUUAUACUGGUGACAUGUUACAGUUUGUAACCCUGAAAGGCUGGCAAUGUCUAGACCUGGCCUGCAUAAAAUGCAUCCUUAAAGCAGCAAGGGCACAUCAGUCAUGCAGGCGGCAAAAAUAAGAACUCGUAUCAUGGCAAGUGAUGUAAGAUCUAGAUCAGGGGUCUGCAACCUGUGGCUCUCCAGAUGUUCAUGGACUACAAUUCCCAUCAGCCCCUGCCAGCAUGGCCACAGGUUGCAGACCCCUGAUCUAGAGGUCAAUUGUGCUUUGCUUUUAGGCAUCGCUAGUGUGCAUUUGCCCAGAAGCCUGGAAAUAUCUGAAACUGGUGGCUGAGGGACUGCUGCUUUGAGGAUCAAAUGAAAUUAAUUUUAAUAUUUGGCUGUAGAAUCUGAGCUCAUAACCCUGUAUGUUAAUGUGCCAUAUUUCCUACUUCUGUUCUUUCAACUAAAAGCUUCCUUUUAUGUAUGAAUUUUGUAUUUCUAUUCCUAUAUUUUUUCAAGAAAUAAGCCGGAAAGAAACUACUAUGUCAAAAAUAUUUCUGUAGUACAAUACAGCAGCAAUUGCAGAUGUGCUUGUGUAGGUCAAUUGUAUUUGAUAACAAUGUACAUUUUUGUUCAAGUCCAGUAUGUUUUGCUCUUUUAUAUUUUUGUUCUGUUUCUUAAUCCUUAUAUACUGCUAAUAAAGAUGUGUAAUGUUACCCUGAAA